AUGCUUCGUCGUGAAGGGAAAACUCAAGACUUGCUCGGGACGAUUACUCGGAGAAGGGAUAUUAAGGAAGAACAGGUUGUGACUUUCCUGGGGGGGGCGACGUCGACGCCAAAUUCCAAGACCAAUCGAAUGCUUCUAGCUGUUUAUCGCAUCGUCCUCUUGGUUCCCUCCCCUGCUCACUCUGUCUCCGGCACAAUUGAGGGGGAUAUUUUCUGGAGAAUCGGAGCUAAAUAUCGCGGCAGGGGAGCAGCAAGGGAGCCAUUUGUUAAGAGAGAAUUUUACAGUCCAGAUCUCGGAUCUCGAAGGGAGCCCGUGGAGAGGCCAGGAUACAGCAAUCAGGACAAGAUGAGUUCGUCCUCUCAGGGAACCACCAUGAAAGUGAUGAAAAGUCCGGGGACGGACUGUGCACUCACUAACUGUGCCUAUGUUUCGCCCUCUGAUCUUCCGAGUGAAGUCAUCCAACCUGGUGCAAUCGGCCUCAAUGCUAUUCAUCGCCGAAAUGUCAAGGUCUCCGCAAAUGACAGUGUGACUGUGGUCAGAUUCGUUCCUCCAGAAAGAGGUUUCAACUUGGUGCUUCUAACUGUGGAGUUAGAAUUUGUGAAGUUUCGUGGGAAGCCAGAACAGCUGGACGCACAAAUUCUUGCAAAAGAGCUUCAAAAACGUUUUGCCGGACAGGUGUUGACUGUGGGCCAGAAAGUUACUUUCGAGUACGUCGGAACAAAUUACACUUUCUGCGUAAACCAGACGCUUCUAGAAGGGAAUUCUGGAAACGAUGACUCAACUCGUGGCAUUUUGACGUCAGAGACACACUUUAUGUUUGAAACUCCUGGCAACUCUGGAAUCAAGAUGCUGAAUCAACAUGGUGGCUCUUCAACGAAUUUGUUUAAAUCAAAAGACUUCAAUUUCAAAAAAGUGAAAUAG